AUGUCUCGUCUUGAUAGAUCGACCAGUCUAGAUCCACCACCGGAGAAGACUAUUUUUCGUAUAGAUCUAAAUGAAGAUCGACCAAUCCCGUCCGCUACCGCUUCGGUAUAUGCACCCAGUGAGGCAGGAGAUCUUGCAAUGCCCUCGGUGCUGUUCCCGUCGAUGCGGUUAAUGCUUGCGGCAAUGUUGUGCUGUUGUUUCAUUACGCUUUCAAUCUCGAGCUCAAAUCUCGCUGUCGCACUCAUCUGCAUGACCUCAUGCCCUCAUCACGGCUAUGGAGGAGAUCUUAAAUGGAAGACCGAACAGGAAGGUCUAGUGUUAGCCGCACAAAAUGCCGGUUCACUUCUCACGUUGGUCACAGGAAUGUGGGCAGAUCGAUUGAACGGGAAAUGGAUGGUAUUCGUCGCUCUACUGUUGUGUUGUGUGGGGAAUCUCGUCCUUCCGCUUUUCGCCGCUGAAUCGUUUUGGUUCGCGGUGGCGGCGAGAAUUGCCGUCGGCGCUUCGGAUGCAUGUUUAAUGCCGGCGUGUAAUUCACUUAUUACCAGAUGGUUCCCCCAAUCCGAACGAGCCGCUGCGAUUGGCCUGAUAUCAGGAGGACGUCAAAUAGGGGAAACGAGUCGCACACUAUGUAUUCGGGUAAAGGAGCAUCUAGAUUGGCUCGCAAAAUCUAAACUCUCCACCCCGCCAGGAACAAAGCGCCGUAGAAUAAGUCAUCAAAACUUCGAAAUAGAGACAUGUCGGAUAACUGCCAGAAGUUCAAAAAUGCACAGAAAGGAUGAGUGCAUUGCGAGCGAUCACAAACGAGCUAGCCCCAUAUCAAAAAUUGAUCUACCGGGCGGGCCGUCAGAUCCCUUGUGCAAAAACCCUUGUGACUCGUACGUGGUGGUUUGUUACGUUACAAUAUCCAGCGCAAACGAGGGUGAUGAGGCGUCUUCGAGGAUAAAUCAUUGGCUUCGAUUUUUCCAGGCUCUGACGAGGGCGAUAACGCCGAAACGCACCCUAUUCAUCUUACCAACAGCCGGCUACCUUUGCACAAGGAAGGAUAUCCUCGAUGGAUGGCCGGCAAUAUUUUACCUCUCCGCAUGUAUAUCCAUACUAGUCACAGUAUUUUGGAUUCCAUUCGGAGCUGAUAAACCGUCGAAACAAUGUUGUAUUUCGGGACGAGAACGGAAUUUCAUCGAAAGCAGGAUCGCAUGCGAAUCGAUAGGGAAACGAACGGAUCGCAGUCGACGAGUCCCGUACCAAGCGAUGCUGAAAUCCGGAGCUCUGUGGGCAUCCAUAUUCGCCUUAGUAUGUCACGAAUACCCGCUCGUCAUCAUGCUUCAGUUUCUUCCGAACUACAUGCGUGACGUGCUCGAAUUUGCACCCACGCAAAAUGGACUGAUCGCUGCGCUACCUAUUCUCUGCCUAUUCCUCUCAAAGACUGUGUCGUCGUCAUUCGCCUCCUAUCUCGUUACGAAGAGAGACAUGGACAAGACAGUUGUCUGCAAGGGAUUCAAUGCUGUAGCCUCUGGAGGUCUCGCGAUGUGCAUUUUUAUCGUGCCGUUGUUCGACAAAACCCGCGCCGUUUUUGCAGUCGUCUCGCUUUGUGGAGCUAUGGUAUUCGCAGGUAUGCAUACACCAGGAGUGAUCACAGCGCUGGUCCAGCUUGCGCCUCCAUUUUCGGGAAUAAUCACCGGCUGGUCGUUCUUUGCUGUUGCAUGGUUCAGCAUUAUGAAUAAAAUCCUUACAAAACACAUCGUUCAACAAGGCGCUGCCUCGGAGUGGUCGAUGGUUUUUCGGGUUUCAGCGCUUGUAGCAGCUCUUCCCGUUUUUGUGUUCACUUGGUGGGGAUCCGCUGAUAGGCAGGUAUGGGCUGCACCGUCCUCGAAAGCUUCAGUCUGCUCCUUUUCCCCCUACAAGAAGAGCAAAAAUGGUCCUGGAAGUUGCAGUCAGCUCUCUAGGGAAACGUCUCUCUCCUCGCUGUCCACUCGAGACGGAAUGUCUGCUAAGAAGAAGCUCUCCACAUCCAGCAUGUCUCGAUCCAGUAGUCUCGCUAAGAAUCUCAACGAAUCCAAGUCAUAG